AUGGCCUCCCGAACGUCUUCCCGUCAUGCUGCCCACAAAGCAAAGGAAGCUAUCGCAGCCACUGCCGAGCCAACUGGCAAGGCUCCCUCCGGCACAAAACGAAAAGCGCCGACCAAAGAGGCUCCUCCGCCCAAAAAGGAGAAGACUGAAGAUACUCAAGGCGACGACAUCAAGGCAGAGGAGCCAACAAACGAACCAGAGUCACACGCUUUGGCAAAUAGUCCCUCGGCGCCGAAGUCUGAAGCCACCGCCCAAGAGGAGAAGCCACACGAAGACAAUGCUUCAAUCAAAGCCCCAUCAACCCAAAAGGGCAGUGCCGAAGAAGGUGUUCGCAAGUCCGAGGAGAGGGAGAACGUGGUAUCCUCCAAUAUUCUCGAGAAAGGCUUCAUCUACUUCUUCUUUCGCCCACGGGUCAACGUGGACGAUCCCCAUAGCAUUGGUGAUGUAGCCCGAAGCUUUUUCGUCCUCCGUCCAACCGCUCUGGGGGCUGAAUUCGACAAUGACCAAGGCCCCGUCGACAAAGGCGCCCAAUGCCGAUUGAUGAUGCUGCCAAAGAAGAAGUUCCCAACUUCGAGCAAAGAGCGAGACAUGGGAUUUGUGGAAAAGUCGGGGCAAUCCAUGCAAGCCUUGCAGGAAGGGUUCAUUGCUGGUAAAACAUACCAGACAGCUACUAUGGGGGAACGUCACACCGAGGACGCAAGGCCAUACGCAGAAGGUGUCUACGCGAUCACACACACACCACGGGCCUCCCAUCUUGCCUACAUACUGACAAUUCCUGCGGAAUUGGGUGUCCUUCAGGAGGAAUUUGGCCUCCGGGAUCGCGGGAGCUGGCUUGUUCAAGCCAAAAACCCCAAGUUCCCUGGUCCGCCGAUCGGACAACUACCACAGAAUCCAGAGUACCCUGAAUCUGUUCUCAAGAAGUUCGGAGACCUCCGAUGGGUGCCCCUGGAACCCGAAUUUUUGGACUAUCCCAAUGCUCAAUUCCUUAUGAUUGGCGAGGCUCAAAAUGACCUUGGCAAAGCCGCGACCUCCCAAGGUGAAAAAUCACCUCACGAGGAAGAGCCUGGUCAAGAGCUGGAGAGACUCGAAAAAGAAAACGAGCAUCGUAUCAGUACUCUGAGUGGGGAUGCAACCGUCUAUCAAGACUUGGGCUUCCGCGCGAAGAAUUACCCGAAGUUGCCCACGACUUGGAACCACUAA